UGGAUAGUACAACUAAACUUGCCCUCUUAGUAACCAGAUUUGUAAAUGUUGCGCAGGACUAUGACCCCAUUGUGCUGUGACAGUAUCACUCUGCAAUAAAUGUACUCUACAAUGCAGAGGAUGGCACAAUAGCUUUAUUAAAUGCAUGACCCCUACUAUCAGUCAUAGAGGGUACAGAAAGUGUCUGGGGGCACACACUCAUCACCCACAAACUGAGAAGAGCAUCACUCUCAGGGCGGAGAGUGUCUUAAAUGUUUUUGACAGAAGCAUGAAAAGAAAGCAGAAGAACUGGGCGGCAUCACAGGCUAAUGCUCAGCAGUAUGAAUACUUGAAGGAAGAGGUAGGUGAAAGAAUUGCAGAUGUCCCUUGUUUUAAAUAUUACGUUCUAUUUUUUUUUUGCAGAAUAUUUCCUCUUGCUUUAGAUCUUGGCUGUGGAAGAGGUUUCAUUUCUCAGCAUUUAACAAAGGAAACAGUUGAAAAGCUCUUUCAAACAGAUCUGUCUGAGAAUUCUUUGAAAAAUACAGUGCAAUCUGAAGUUCCAACUAUCAAUGUAAUAGCUGAUGAAGAAUUCCUUCCUUUCAAAGAGAACACUUUUGAUCUUGUUAUGAGCAGCUUAAGCUUGCAUUGGGUGAACGAUCUACCAAGAACAUUUCAUGAGAUUCAUAGAGUACUUAAACCCGAUGGUGUGUUUAUCGGAGCCAUGUUUGGUGGGGAGACACUAUAUGAACUUCGCUGUGCUUUGCAACUGGCAGAAAUUGAAAGAGAAGGAGGAUUUUCACCACAUGUGUCUCCCUUUACUGCAGUCACCGAUCUGGGCAGUCUUUUGGGAAGAGCUGGAUUCAAUAUGUUGACCGUGGAUACAGAUGAAAUACAGGUUCAAUACCCAGGGAUGUAUGAAGUCAUGAAAGAUUUACAAGGUAUGGGAGAGAGUAAUUGUGCCUGGAAUAGAAGAGGUUUACUUCAUAGAGAUUCACUGCUAGCAGCUGCUGCCAUAUAUCAAGAAAUGUAUGGGGAAGAAGACGGAUCUGUUCCUGCAACAUUUCAAAUCUUUUAUAUGAUUGGAUGGAAGCCACAUGAAUCCCAGGCAAAACCAGCCAAAAGAGGUUCUGCAACAGCAUCAUUUGAUGAUCUUGGAAGACUAAACAACAAUGCACCAAAAACAAAAAAAGAAGACACAUAAAGAACCUAUGAAUUCACUGAAAUUUGAUCUUCAAUAUAAAUACAUUUAUUUUUAAGAAAGUGCAAAUAAAAAGAAAAUGUGA